CGUGGGGCUCCACGCCAACUUAGAACUCCGCGACGUUGAAUAGCAAUUUCACAAGUGGUACUUUCGGUACCGCGCUGGAUUUGCAAUGACAAGCAAAGGUUCGACUCUUGAGUCAGUCAUAUCGACUCAUCCCACCGCUUGCUGUGACGAGAGCUCUCAGGUAGUGGAGUCAUUGUGACUGACCCAUUAUCUAGGCUCAGAAUGUCACAGUCAGUCUGGCGGUUUAUAAAGGGCACCCCUUCACUUAGGAGAUGCCCUUGUCGUGCUCGUCUCGCCACUUGCACCACAACCCAAUUAAUCAGACCUAGCUCAUUUAUUGCUGCUAUUACUACGAAGAUGUCGGCAACUACCAUGACUGCCCCUCUUGCCGCUGCUUCCUCCCAGAACGUCACUCUCCCCGCUAUCCCUGAGCUCACCAAUCCCAACUUCCUUGACGUUCUUCUUCCUGUUUCUGAGGAUGCUGGCCCGAUGAUAGUAACCGAAAAUUCUCCAGCACAUUCCAAUGCUAUGAUGGAUGCGCUCCGUUCGACUGCUCACCACAAGCUCACUGAAAAUUAUUCGCCUGCCUUUAGUUCCACUCUUUCGACCACACUCGAUGCAUUCAACGGCAUACGCCCCAAUGUGUCUGGGUCCUCCAUUGAUGAUUAUCUUUUCAAGGCUUGGGCUGAAAACCCAGUUCUCACCCUCCGAAUCAUUUGGUCUCUCAGGAGCAUUCAUGAUGGAAAAAGCGACAAGGAGCUCUUUUACAUGGCGUUUGGCUGGCUCUUCGAAAACCACCCUCGCACUGCCAUUUCCAAUCUCCAUCUUCUUGUAGAGCCUGUCUGUACUCGCCUCCGUCCUGUCAAAGGCAAAGACACCAAGAAGCGCGUGAACAUGUCUCACGGCUACUGGAAGGACCUACUCAACAUCCUCGCCUUGGCCACUGUUGACGAACUUUAUCCUGCUCCUGCAUCCUUCACUUUCCUUCACAAUUAUACAUCUCGCGACUCUCGCCCUCAAUUCAAGUCUAAUGCUGAGCAAGAAGCGUGGUCGAAAGCAAGGCGUAUUCAGGCCCAUGGUGUGAACCACGCCCUAAUUGUGGAGAAGCUACAGCAGCCAAAGUAUCGUGCUCUGUAUAUCGCGGUUUCCAGGCUAUUUGCAGAUCAGCUCGUCAAAGAUGUCUUGAUUCUUGAUAGGCUAGCCUCCCUUCCGGCAGAUGCAACACAGAAGGACCGCGUAUCUCUCAUAUUUUCGCUCUCCCUAGCGACAAAAUGGGCACCAUCUCCUGGGGGGUCGCACGAUAGGGUUACGAAUAUCACCUCCGCUAUCUGCAUCCUCCUGCACCACGCUCAAAUCACAUCUUCCCUCGCACACAAAAUCCCAAUCCCACUCUCCCCCAGUGCCCUGGAGUUGCAUGAACAUUUCUUCAAUCAUGAUCCUGACCGCUUUGUUUCUUACCUGACAGAUGUGGAAUCAGGAAAGAGGCAGAUCAGUGGUGCAACGCUCCUCCCACAUGAACUUGUCAUGCAGGCCGUAGCAUGCGUGCGCUCUUCGCCAGUGAAAGGGAAGCUGUCCCUGCAAAAUGCCAUCGGGGAGCAUAAGCGUAAGCUUGCGGAGACACAAGCACGUGUAGCGGAGGCACAGUGGGCAACGCUCCUCGAGCGUCUGCGCGAGGCUGGAGAGCUAGACAACUGCAUUGCCGUCUGUGACGUCUCAGCGUCCAUGGGCGGUAUCUAUGAUUGCCGCGCUGGAGCACGCGGGUCUUCUGUACUUCCCAUUUGGCCUGCUAUUUCCCUCAGCCUCAUCUUGGCGCGUCUUGCGAAGCCGCCUUUCAAGGACGCGUUCAUCACUUUUUCCGCGAAUCCGCAGAUGGUCGUGCUUGAUCCUGAAGGUACCAUUUCACUCGGUGAAACGGUGAUGAAGAUGUUGCUUUCUGAGUGGGCCAUGAACACGAACUUCAACGCCGUCUUUCUCGACCUCAUUCUCCCGCUCGCCAAGAAGCACGCCGUGCCUCAGGACCAGAUGAUCCAGCGGAUUUUCGUGUUCACGGAUAUGCAGUUCGAUGCGUCUCAGCAAACUUCUCAGUUCGGGAGGACUGCACCGAAUGCGGCGGAGUGGGACACGAAUCAUGAUGUCAUUGAGAAGGCGUACAAGGAAGCAGGAUACGAGAUGCCAGAGAUCGUGUACUGGAACCUGUCCAGUGCGGAUGAUUACCCAGGUAUCACCGUUCCUGUGACCGGCGAUCGGAAGGGUGUUGCGCUGCUGAGCGGGUACUCGCCGUCGUUGUUGAAGGUGUUCAUGGGUGAGGAGGAGUGGGAGGAAGUGGUUCAGCAUGGAGAUGAAGUGACUCAGGUGAAGGCGAAGAAAACAUUUACUCCUGUGGAGUUCAUGGAGAUGGCUUUGGGGAGGAAGAGUUUCGAUGGACUUGUUGUCGUUGAUUGAGGCAUUGGUUUCGUUAACAUAUAUCACUAGCAUCUUUCACCACUCAUCUACAUUAUUUGUAUCAUAUUCAAUGCACGCAUUUCUCAUCCAAACGUUGAUCUGAG